CAAGAACAUUUCCAGAAGAUUGUCUUGGAAGGCACGGAGAGAAUGGAGGAUCAGGGCCAGAGCAUCAUUCCAAUGCUGACAGGAGAAGUCAUUCCUGUAAUGGAACUCCUUUCAUCUAUGAAAUCACACAGUGUUCCAGAAGAAAUAGAUAUAAGUGACACAGUGCUAAAUGAUGAUGAUAUUGGGGAUAGCUGCCAUGAAGGUUUUCUUCUCAAUGCAAUUAGUUCACACCUGCAGACCUGUGGUUGUUCUGUAGUUGUAGGAAGCAGCGCAGAAAAAGUUAAUAAGAUUGUGAGAACAUUGUGUCUGUUUCUUACGCCAUCAGAGCGGAAGUGUUCCAGACUCUGUAGAAGUGAGUCUUCUUUCAAAUAUGAGUCCGGACUUUUUGUUCAAGGCUUACUCAAAGAUGCAACAGGAAGCUUUGUGUUGCCCUUCCGUCAAGUAAUGUAUGCCCCAUAUCCCACUACACAUAUAGAUGUAGAUGUCAAUACAGUGAAGCAGAUGCCCCCUUGUCAUGAACACAUCUAUAACCAACGACGAUAUAUGCGAUCUGAGCUGACAGCAUUUUGGAGAGCUAAUUCAGAUGAAGAAAUGUCUCAAGAUCAUAUAAUCCACACAGAUGAGAGUUUCACACCUGAUUUAAAUGUCUUUCAAGAUAUCCUACAUCGAGAUACAUUAGUAAAAGCCUUCCUGGAUCAGAUCUUUCAUCUAAAGCCUGGCUUGUCUCUAAGGAGCACUUUCCUUGCACAAUUUUUGCUAGUCCUUCACAGAAAAGCCUUAACUUUAAUAAAAUACAUAGAGGAUGACACGCAAAAAGGAAAAAAACCGUUUAAGUCUCUUCGUAGCUUAAAGAUAGAUCUUGAUUUGACAGCAGAGGGCGAUCUUAACAUAAUAAUGGCUUUAGCUGAGAAGAUUAAACCAGGUCUACAUUCCUUUAUCUUUGGGAAGCCAUUCUACACCAGUGUACAAGAACGUGAUAUGCUCAUGACGUUUUAA